AUAUUUUUACCACUCUACAGCUAAGGAAGAAAAACAUUAGCCAUGAACAUGGAAAUAGCAAAGAAAACGAAGGGCUUCAUGUGCCAUUCCCAAUCUUCCACUGCCAUCUGCAUGUCCCAAGAUCGACGGUCCGUGAUCGUGCCUCGGAGGCCAGAUCGCAUGCCAACCGUCGAUCACUUUAGACUCUUAAACAGCACAAAGUAUGUCCGAUUGGGGGAGCAGCGUAAGGUGCCUGCACCGAGUAUCAGGAGAUCGUCAUUUCACGUUUCGAGUCGGGAGAAAAAGGAUCCCCUCACAGUUUCUGAUGGUAUUUUUCAGGUUGUUGUAAUGAGAGUCUCCAUUCACUGCCAAGGUUGUGCUGGUAAAGUGAAGAAACACCUAUCCAAAAUGGAAGGGGUGACGUCAUUCAGCAUUGAUCUUGAGAGCAAGAGGGUGACCGUGAUGGGACACGUGUCGCCAUCUGGGGUGCUGGAGAGCAUAUCAAAGGUGAAGAAGGCAGAAUUUUGGAUCAACAGUGAAAAGCAGAGUUUUCGGGUCACGGGCGGUUCAAUUUAGUUAAUUCACUGGCCUGCCCAAAUUAAAUGCAUCAUCCAUAAAAUUAAAUCAAGUGCUUUCAAUUUUUGGUCUUAUGUUUAAUUGGAUGGUCCCAAUGAAAUUAAAUUCACGAGCUAAUAUUUGAUUCGAUAGAC